AUGAAAAAGGGCCCCCUGUUCCUUCUGACAUGCCUCUAUUUCAUUUGCGCAAGCAACAAAUGCAACGGUUUGAAAAUAAACAGGGCGACGAUAACUCCAAACGUGUUGUUCAGCAUAGGGGGAAAGGGCGAAAGAAAGGCUAAGACUAACACUAACCCUAACGCGAGCAGCGGGGGUGAAAAAAACAACCCAACCAAUGAUACCCAUAAGAAGAAAGUGAAGGAACAGGUAGGAAACAAAUUUCUCCACCUGGAACAAAACAAGCGUGUAUCCAUCAACCCACUGUUCAAUUCCCUUUGCAAAAAUGUAAGUGUCAGUGAAGCCUGCCUGUACAAUGUGCAGGAAUUUUUUAACGAGGCAAAUUACAACAAUGGGAGGAGUGAAAACCAGGGGGACAAGAAACUCUUCUGUGGUGUCCUAUACGGGACGUAUGAAGAUGACUCUAACGUAAAAAUCGAAAAUGUAUUUUUUGCGUUGAACCGCCCAGAACAAAUGUAUGACGUGGAUUACCUGCUCAAUAGCGAAGACAGGAGGAAGGCUGACGCGCUGGCGAAGCUGCUGAACUUGGAAGUGGUGGGGGUUCUUUAUGCAUAUCCAGACAUCGGGGUAGACUUAAAUAUGUCCAACCAGAAAAGAAAAAAUUUCGUAAAACUUAACAAGAAGAUAAAAACGUUGAAUGAUGAGGAGAACGAGUUGUUCAUCCCCAUGGGGGGGAGGGAAGUUCUCCUCGCGCUCACAGUGAUGAAGCAUCGUCAGGACAGCACGCCAAAGAAUCUUCCAUUCGAGGCCAACGCGCUGCACCAACCCAACAAUGGAAUUCUCCCAAAUGGACCAUUCAUCACGCUAUCCGUCGGCAUGGACAAAAGCUCCAAGUCGAUAGUCGUCGAGGCGUAUGAAAUAAAUUACGACUUGCUGAAGUUGCUAAAUAAGGACAUCAUCAAAGACAUGCAAAAACAAAACAGCAUCCUGCAUUUCGAAGCAAAAAAAAAUGAAAAAGACCAAAAGAUAAAAAACUUUAACAGCGAAGUUGACCUAAUGAAUGAGUUAUAUUUGAAAUGUAAAAGUGAAGUCCUCAUUGAGAAAAUCCAAGUGAAGAAAAUUGAUGUCCUCUUUUGUGUUAAUAACGUUCCCAUUCUUUCCCAUAAGAGUCUCUACAAUACUCUUUUCCCCUACCCCAACAAUAACAACUACUACACCAUUCUCCAAAGGUUUAACUACAUGUCUAGAUCGUUACAUAAUCAAAAGGACAUGGUCAAUAUAUUUCGCGACUUUAACUUUCUCCUUUUCCUCACGAACAUUUUUUCAUUAGAGCGUGAUAUCCCUCCUAUUUGUAAAGCCGUCAAUGAUUUGAACAACUCUGUUCGCAUUCCUGACCAGUACGUAAGCAUUUUGAGGAGCCUCUCCCAAAGUGCGAAUGCGCCUCAGUAA